AUAACUAGUAACUGUAAGUAACUAGAACAUCACUACUCUGCUCCGUUAGUCAACUCAACGAUCGAUCAACUAGAAAUGAGCGGAAGUGGAAGAACAACCGCUCGGAGCAGAGUAAGAUCCUCCUCCUCUGAACCCGACGCCGAUUCUCUCCAAGAAAGUAUUAACCGUAACAGAAGCAGAACCAAAUAUGGAAGCUCAUUUCCGUUAUUCAGCAUCAAAGUUCUUCUCGCCUUCUUCGCAUUCUUCAUCAUCUUGUUUCUCAUUCGUCACCUCGUUAAUUCCGUAUCAGAACCUCAUAUUCCUCGCGUCAUUACGCCGUUUCCCGCACCAAAGAUCAUGGACCUUCCUCAGUUUCAAGGUGAGCACAGAGAGAGCUUGUAUUGGGGAACCUAUCGUCCCCAUCUCUAUCUUGGAAUUCGUGCUAGGACUCCACAAUCUUUGAUGGCUGGAUUGAUGUGGAUUGGUGUGAAGGAUGGCAGUAAUCACUUGAGGCAUGUUUGCAGACAUGAGGAUGAAUUAAGUGCUUAUGGUUGGAUAAAGCAUAAUGGACGUGAUUAUGGGAAUCAAGUACUGGUUGACCAUGGCAUGAUCCUGACUACCGAGUUUUUAAAAUCAAAGGGGGAUGGCAGUGGUUAUGGAGGGGACUGGGCAGUUCGAAUUGAUGUGAAGAUUGAUAAGUCUAAGUGGAAUGAGGAAAUUGGGAGAGGUGGCCAGCUCUUUUUCUAUUUGGCUGAUGAAGGUGGUAAUGUUCUUGAUGUAGGUAGAGAAAACUUGAACAUUCUUGAGAGUUCUUUACUUGCAUCUGGCUCUCGAACAGACAUUGGAGAUUGGCAGCUGCAUUUAAAGUCAAAGGAUGAUCUAAAACUGCAUUACUCUGGAUUUCACACACCUCACUUUCACAAUUUGUCUGAUCUUGCUGAGGAAAAUCUUGCAUCACAAAUAAGAAAACAUGCUCAAUUGCAGCUAUCUGACUCAUCAGAUGAUUCUCCUAAUGUGUUAGUUUUUCAGAUUACUGGUGGGCUUCCUUUCACUACAGAUAUUGUGUUUAUCUCUGGAAUUGAUUCAGAAAGUUCAAGAGUAGAAGAGCGCAUCAAUGGUCUUACAGGAGCCUCACUAUCCAAUGAACUGAAAUAUAAAGAACAGGCAUUUGAUGAAAAGAUUGAGAAAAUUUUCAAUUUGGCUGAGAAGGUGGAUUCAGAAUCCAUUUCUGUUGGUGAGGCAGCUGUUGGAAGCUUAUUAGGUGGCAUCGGCUACUUCUAUGGCCAGUCAAAAAUUGCUCUGUCAAGAACCCUUAAUAAUAGAGAACAUGUGGCUUAUUUAUUAUAUUGGCCUGCUGAGCUUUACACAGCUGUACCAUGUCGAUCCAUCUUCCCAAGAGGAUUUUUAUGGGAUGAAGGUUUUCAUCAACUUCUAAUCUGGCGUUGGGAUAUUCAUAUUUCAUUGGAUAUCAUUGGACACUGGUUAGAUUUGAUUAACAUUGAUGGAUGGAUACCACGAGAACAAAUUCUGGGGGCUGAAGCACUAAGUAGGAUCCCAGAGGAAUAUGUUGCUCAGCAUCCAACAAAUGGAAAUCCUCCAACUAUGUUUUUAGCUUUAAGCGGUAUAAUCAAUGCCUUGAAGAAUAAUGAGUUCAAUGCGAUGGAUAGAAGUGAGAUCUCUUUGUUCCUGGAGAGUGCUUUUGAUCGAUUAGAAGCAUGGUUCCAAUGGCUCAAUAUAACUCAGUCAGGGAAACAGAUGAGCAGUUACUAUUGGCGUGGACGGGACAAUAAGACAACACUUCAAUUAAAUCCCCAGACGCUGACCUCUGGAUUGGAUGAUUACCCACGCGCUUCUCACCCAAGUGAAGAUGAACGCCACUUGGAUCUUAGAUGUUGGGUUCUACUUGCUGCAGAAUGUAUGCAUUCAAUUGAAAAGUUGUUGAAUAAGGAAACCAAACCUGGCAAGAAUUAUGGUACUACUGCUAAAUUGCUAUCAGAUCAUGAGUUACUGAACCAGUGGCAUUUUGAUGACGCAUAUGGUGCUUACUUUGAUUUUGGAAAUCACACAGAAAAGGUUCGACUUAUAUGGAAAAAAUUGGACGCAGGACACAACCUUGAUGCUCGUCAGCUUGUCCGGGAAGCUUUGGAAAGGCCUGUAUUAAGAUUGGUUCCUCAAAUUGGUUAUGUCAAUUUCUUCCCAUUCAUGGGGAGACUCAUUCCAUCUGGAUCAUGGAUCCUGGAAAAGCAGCUUGAACUGAUUUCAAAUCGCAGCCUAUUAUGGACUGACUAUGGUCUACGUUCUCUUGCCAAAACUAGUUCCUUGUACAUGAAAUACAAUACAGAACAUGAAGCUCCAUAUUGGAGAGGUACAAUUUGGAUAAACAUGAAUUACAGAGUUCUUUCAGCGCUCCACCAUUACUCCAAAGAGGAUGGACCAUACCGGGACAAAGCUAAAGCCAUCUACAAAGAAUUGAGAAGCAAUUUAAUUAGAAAUAUAGUACGCAAUUAUCAACAGACUGGAUUUUUGUGGGAACAGUACGAUCAGAUUAAGGGAAAUGGAAAAGGGGCACAUCCAUUUACAGGUUGGACAUCAGUUGUAGUAUUAAUCAUGGCAGAAGCAUAUGACACAAUUUAGAGUAAACAUUCUCUUCACAGCUUUCAUUCACGAGUUCCACUAAGACUAAUGUGUGACACACUGUUAAGAUAUUAAAAUGUAUAGGUUUCAGCGUGUAUUUAUUUCUAAAGUCUCUCAAACCCCAAUAUGAUGGAUGAGGAACAGGUUAUGUGUUUGGCACAAAAUUCUCUAAUAAGAUUUCAUCCAAUCUAGCAUUCAGGGAAUAUUGAAUGAGGAAGGCAUCAGCGUUUAUGAGUUCAGAUAGCUGGAUUUUUAUAACCUGAGUGUUUCUCUUAAAUGAACCAAAUUCUCAGUUUUUUGAGAAUGAGAAUUGAGAAGAAAGCGAAACCAACCAACCAGCUUUGUUAUUGUUAAUGUA